AUGCUAGCUUCGCCUCUGCGGAAGUGUAUCCUAACAGGAGUCAACCUACCCUCAGAUUUUCUUAUCCGUGUCACUCCUCGACGAGUAUCUCUCGCUCAAGGGCUCUCUGGAAAAGGACAGCGCUCUGUGGCUGUUCUGCUGGGCGACGGGCUAGAACACCCUAAGUUUCGCAGUCUUCGAGACCGACGAGGCUUCUAUGUUCUAUGUCGGGCCGACGUGUUCGAUAGGUUCCAAAUGCAAUCUACUUGGCGCAAGUACCUUCGGGAUAACCCAACUGUCGACGCACCGAGCAUUGUCGCACAAAUUGGCCAUUUGCUUCGCUUGCGGGUGAUCCAGGAGAUUGAGUUGCUCGCUGCCAGGCUUCAGACACGGCCCCAAGGGGCUUGUGAAGUGCCCCUCGUUCGCAGAUUAACUAGGGCGGAGCUUGCAGCCCUUCGUGCGACGGGUGCAUUGCCCUAUGAUGAUGUUACGGCCGUCCUAGUAUUGCCUCCAUUGAAUAAGGACCCAGACACGAAAUCACGGCCUGCACCGAAUGCGACGCCUUCACCCGAUUCUACUGCUGGGCAACUAGUAGGGACUACCGCUUCACGAUUUCCGGCAUCCGAGUUACUAUCCCCCAUACUGGCCGAGGACAGCGAUGAUCUGCCGCCAGAGGUGCAGCCGCGUCGAACACCAUUUUACAACGGCGUCACAUUGUUUCCUUCUCGCGAACAACGCGCUGCUCUACACGAUGAGCUCUCAAAUCUCUUGACGAUCGAGAGAAGAACUCGGUUCAGCGAGCGCGGUCGAGACCCGCACAGCCGGAAGAGCGAUGGCAAUGCCCGUGCCAAAGGCGAUGAGAAAGCUAGCCAUGCUUUCGUCAUACGUUCCGGGACGUCGACUCUAACGCGCGCGGAUACCGUCCCAGUGGCCGUUGCAUUGUGGCGGUUGCGGAUGUGGGAGGGUUCUCCCUGGCGAUAUAAUGCAGGGACUUGGCUGGACAUUGCGUAG